CUGACUUCAUCUGUCAAACACAUUCUCGCACCAUGGAGGAGUCAACGUCCAACAAGGCGCAUAUCUUCUAUCUCUUCAUCUAUCUUGCAGCGACCACUUUACAUGUCGUGUAUACCGUCCAAACCGUGCACGUGUUAGACGAAAUGGUCCCCGCUCAUAAGACCUACACUUGGCAGGGAGAUGACUACCCGGAUCAGCUUCCCAUCCAGUUGCCCGCUGUCGCGCUUGAGAUGGCCGACGGAGAAGAUCACUAUGACCUGCACAACGACGAGGAGUGGUCUGCAAUGUUCCCCAACGACGGCUUCUUGACCCUCGGUCCCGAAAACCGAACCUUCAUGAUGUCGAUGAUCCACCAGUUCCACUGCCUCGACGUGAUUCGCGUCGGGAUGGUGGCGAACAGAACGGGCUCGAUGCAUCACGUUGAGCACUGCUUGCGGUACCUCAGGCAGAUCAUCCUCUGUAACUCAGACGUGACCUUGGAGGUAGGACGCCCUAGGUUCAGCGAUGGAAUGUGGAGGCAUACCACAGACGGUGGCUCCGGUAUGGUACACCGGUGCAAAGACUGGACUGUGGUUAGAGACUACAUGAUCCAACAUCCGCCUGCAGAGCUCAAUCAGGCAGCGUUGGAUGGGCAGAAAGAGCUGUUGAUGAGCGCGGAGGGCUACUAGUUACACGCCUAUAACUUCAAUCUAACGCGAUUGUACGUACACGAGAGUUGCUAUCUACUAGUGAAAUUGAGUGCCAACAUACUAGUUGUGUCGUCAUCUGUAUUGGUAAUAGCG